AUGGGGCGCUGGUGUGCCCUGUGGCUGGUGCUCACCCUGCUGGACGCCCUGAAGGGUCAGACCCCAAACACCAAGCCAGUCGCUGGCUCCGUCUUACAGAGCUUCAAGGAGGACCAGUUCCAGGGGGAGUGGUUUGUCAUCGGCCUGGCAGGCAGCACCCACAGGAGGUCGGACAAGUUCCUGUUGAAUUCAUUCACGGCGACAUUCGAGCGAAAUGAAAACAGCCGCCUGCAAGUGUCCUAUGCUAUGACCCGGGGCCACCGCUGUAUCACAUGGUCUUAUGUGCUGAUUCCAGCGGCGCAGCCCGGGAGGUUCUCAGUGGAUGGCGGUGAGGCCGAGAGGGUGACGGCGUCGGGGGCAAACCCCGAGGAAGUCCAGGUGUAUGACACUGACUACAAUGUGUUCGCUCUGAUGCUGUUCAGAAGGCAGUCAGGUGGCCAAAGCAUCCUCAGGGUUAACCUGCUCUGCAGGAUGUGGAUAAUCCAGACCCGGGUGCUGGACAAAUUUGUCUGCCUGGUCAGAGCUCUGGGCCUGUCGGACAACAACAUCGUCUUCCCAGACCUGGCAGACUGGUCUCAUCCCAAUAACUGCUGAAGAUGUGGCUGCUCCCCAGCGGAGGCCCCCUCACAGCCCAGCAGUGCUCUGCUUUCAGCCUGGAAUAAAC